CCAUGCCGCCGCCAACCUCUAGAACCAAAAUGAUUUGUGUUUAAUCUUGUUUUUAUAGCUGUUUUAUUACAAUCCACUCUUCACAUAAUACUUCUGAAAAUAUUUGGUUUUAAAAGCGUGUGACAUUCUCAAUUUUGAAUUAAUGUGCUGGCAACAAGCAACAGUAAUUUCACUGUCAUAUGUGUUCAUAUAAAAGUGAGCAGUCGUAAGGCUGUACUUGAAAAAUUACGUUUAUGGAGCAGUGUGUUGUUUAUUUAGCUUAGGUAAUACCAAAUAAAAUUUGAAGAAAUACCUAGUUACAGUGGUGUGUGAUGCUGUUUUUAUUCUGUAAAUCAUAAAGUGUAAGUUCACAUUCAUAAUUCAUCAAUUGGAUAUGGCCUCGUUAUCUUUUCCGCGAGUACUGCCACAAAGGAAAACGAGCUUGGACUUGGAGCGAGAAAAUUUUCAAAAAUUUCAGCUGUAAAACAAACUUACCACAAAUAUUUGUUCCAUGGCAAUAGCUCUGCAUAUAGUGCAUGCUGUCAACGUAAAAUUUGAAGCACCUCCAUUAAGCGAAUUUCAGGGUGAGAAAAAAUUGACGAAAAAUGACCAGUUUUUCACGCUGACUUUUGUACCACUGUGUACCUCUGUCUUGUUAUUAUUUUUGUUGUAAUAAUUUUGCAUCACUAACAUGCCGCCUAUACUUCCACUAAAUGACAAGCAGAUCCAGCAACUGAGUAUUAGCAUUGCUAAAGCGGUGCAUCCGACUGAAACUCCCGUAAAAGUAAAACAUGUACGGAGUGCAAUUAUUGGUACUUACCAAGAAAAAAGUGCUUCUAUCUUUUGGAUGUUUAUGUUACGUCAACCGCUUCAAGAGAAUCGUAUUGUAGCAUGGAAAUUUUGUCAUGUAUUGCACAAAGUAUUACGUGAAGGACACCCACAAGUUAUUCCCGAUUCUCAUCGCCAUCGGGGAAGAUUAGAGGACCUUGGAAAGUUAUGGCAACAUUUACGAGAAGGCUACGGCCGUUUGAUACAUUUGUACAUACGACUGCUCAUCACAAAAUUAGAUUUUCAUAAACGUAACCCGCGAUUGCCAGGAAAUCUGCAAGUAACUUCGGAGGAGCUUGAAGCUAUUGGUGAAAAUGACAUCAAUGUUUAUUUCCAAAUGUCGGUAGAAAUGUUUGACUAUAUGGAUGAUAUACUCAAUUUGCAGCAAGCAGUUUUUGGUUCUUUGGAUCUAUCUCGAUCAAAUUCGAUGACGCCCUGUGGACAAUGUCGUCUUGCACCGCUGAUUCCGUGUGUACAAGAUGCAUCUCAAUUGUACGAUUAUUCGGUGAAAAUCUUAUUCAAACUUCAUAGCGCUUUACCUGCAGAUACUUUAGAUGGUCACCGAGAUCGCUUUUCUAAACAAUUUAGAGAAUUGAAAAUUUUUUAUUCUACUAUUAAACACAUGCAGUAUUUUAAACACUUGAUCACUAUACCGUCCUUACCUGAGAACCCGCCCAACUUUUUGAUACAAGCUGAGUUACGAACUUACAUAACGCCAGUGGUUGUUUUGCCUCCUGAAGAGCCUUUAGAUACUGAUGCAGCUGUUGAUAGUUUAAUCGAUACAUCGGAUACAAACUCGCUGCCAGGUGAUCAAAAUGAUUCUUCGAGAAAUGGAUCUAUAUCUCCUGAUAUUUUAGCAGAAAGAGAUAGUCUGAUUGAUCAUCUUCAUCAGGAGAACGGAAGGCAAAGACAAGAACUGCAUCGCUUGCUUACCGACCAUCAGCGUAUCGUUUGUGAACUAAGAAACCGAAUUUUAAGUUUGGAAUCAGCUCUAUCCACGAAAGGUAAUGAAAUAAUUCAGGAAAAACAAGUAUCUCAAGAUUUGUUGAAACAAAAAUCUGAAAUAAUGACUAAAUUCGAAGAGUGCGAAGAAAAAAGCAAAAGUGUUAAUGAAAAGUUUCAAAAGCUCAAGGAAGUGUAUUCAAAGUUGAGAGAGGAGCAUAUAAGUCUUAUUAGGAAGAAAGCAGAAGUAGACAAACAAUUGGGUGGAAUAAAAAUCAUACAUGAACAGUCGAGUAGGCGAACGCUCGAGGCAGAGCAAAGGUUACAGGAAUUGAUUCAAGGCCAGUCAACGGCAGAACAAGAAGCUCAAAGAGUUUCUCAAGCGCGUGCAGAUUUAGAUGAAGUGAGAAAUCAAUUUGAUGGUGUACAGACUGAAAACUUGGCACUCAACGCCAAAAUUGGCUUUAUCACUUCUGAGAAAGCUUCAUUAGAGGGCGAUCUUCAUGACUUGCUGGCUCAAAAGGAAGAACUUGAUGUUCGAAUAAGUACCUUACAAUCUGAAGCGGAACGCUCUUGUAUACAAUUGAAGGCUGAUGCAGACGUUAUUUUCUACGAAUUACUUCUAAACUGUUUGUCUGAGGCGGAGACAAUUUUACAAAAUACAAUGCACGCUAUCGAUAAUCCAGCUAUUUCCGCUGUAACUUGCACUCCAGAUUAUCUUGCGACUUUACUGGAUCCCACGAUGCUCUCUCUGAAAAGUCUAAAUGCAGCAUACAUAAAAUACAUUGACGAUGUAAAAAGCAGGGGGGAAUUGAUGAAAAAUUCUAUUCGUACAGCGUUUGCUUUAGCCGUUUACCUUAUUCAAGCUAAAGCUACGUCUAAUACGUCUCCGGACAUCACUUUUGGCGAUAGAAUAACUGAUGAGUGCAAACAGCUGGGUUCGCUAAGCUUAAUCAUGUUCAGCUACAUUAAAGAGAUCAGAGAUAAAGAGAAGUCUUCGCUAACUAUCGACCAAAUAAAUAUGGUAAUGGUACAGUUGGAUAAAAUUGCCUCUUUAACAUGUUCAUUGUCAGAACAAUCCCAGAGCAAUAAUGGUGUUAUUGGAGAUUUAGUGGAGAAUGAACUUUUAGGUAUGGAUAAAGCAAUUGAAGAAGCUGCAGCCAGAAUUAAGGACAUGUUGGACAAAUCACGCGCAGCAGAUUCGGGAGUUAAACUAGAAGUUAAUGGGAAAAUUUUAGACUCUUGUACAGAUUUGAUGAUGGCCAUAAGAAAUUUAGUAAAAAAGUCUCGUCUUAUGCAAACAGAAAUUGUUGCACAAGGAAAGGGUACAUCUUCGACUACUGAAUUUUACAAACGAAAUCAUCAGUGGUCGGAUGGUUUAAUUUCUGCAGCGAAAGCUAUUGCUAUGGGAGCGAAUUUUCUAUUGGAAGCUGCGGAUAAAGUAGUUUCUGGAAAAGGAAAGUUUGAGCAAUUAGUCGUUGCAUCUCAGGGUAUUGCUGCUUCUACUGCACAGUUAGUUGUUGCCAGCAGAGUUAAGGCUGAUAGGAAUAGUAAUAAUUUGUCUGCACUCUCAGAAGCGUCGCGCGAAGUUACUCAAGCUACUGGAGGUGUAGUUGCCACGGCAAAAAGUUGUAGUCAGCUGGUAGAAGAAAACGAUGAUUUGGAUAUUUCUGGAUUGAGCUUACAUCAAGCCAAUAGAUUGGAAAUGGAGGCACAGGUUCGUGUUUUAGAGUUGGAAAAAGCGCUGGAAAGUGAAAGAUUGAGACUGGCUGCUUUACGUCGUUAUCAUUAUCAACUAGCGGGUGACAACUGAUAACGAAUUGGCAUUGUCGUUGAUUUGCGAAAAAAACAUUUACGUAAGGUAAAUUUAUAAUUGAUCAAUAUUUUUUUCAAGUUACUGUUAUUACGGCUAUUAUCCAUAACAAAUUUUCUCCUCCUGGGAGAUUGUAGAUUAGUUCUUUUUCUUACAAAAUUUCAAUAUUGAAUUUUGCAGAGCCACGACUUUUGAUGAAAUAGUAGAGAAUAUAUUGUAAAUGUGGAACUCGAUUUUAAUAAUUUAAUACGUAAACACAGGCUAUUACUGUUUCUAUAUUCUAUAUAAAGUUGUAAUCAUUUUAAGUAUGGAAAAUUUCAGAUAAUCAUAUAUUAUUACUUCUAUUUUGUGAAUACUUAUUUAACUCAACUUCGCUCCUUAACUUUGGCGUUAAAGUAAUAAUUUUCGUACGUAUCCCAAACACAAUAAGAGGACCUUAUGGGUGCUAUAAUAUAUUUUCUACUUGUGUAGUUCCUCUGGUAUGAGAUAAAUUUUUAUCAGACCGUAUAGAAAAUUAAUUUUAUAUCAGUGAUUUCUGAUUUUUAACUUCAAUUUAGGGCCAUUUUUGAAAUUUUCUUCCAAUAGUGAUUGGACUUCUUAAAAUGAAAUAUCUUCUUAUGAAAUGAAUUGAUGAAUUACCUUGUAUGCGGCACUUGAAUGAGGAAAUAUUGUAUUAUAAUUAUUCAGUUUAAUUUAAUUUUCAGGAGUACAUUUAUAUUAUGUAUAUUUUAUAUGUACCUAAAAGAAGAAGAGUGCUAUGUUUUUUAUUUAAUUUGCAUGGUAAAGACAAUGUAGGUUAACAUCGUCGACAGCAAAUCAUUAUUAUGCUGUCGUACCAAAGAAACAUUUUUGAACUUAUAUUUGAAUGAUAAUAUAUUUUUCAUUUGACAAAUUGUGAAAAAGAUCAUUUGUUAAAUCGAUUGCAAUUUUACACUUUAUAACAGCAUUGAAUAAAUAUCUAUUCAUUCCUCUAUAAUAUGUGUACGUCCAUCUGAAAAAGGCCAUGCUAUCAUUUUUAUUAAUCUUAUUUUAUGAAAAGUAUGAAAAAUUUGCAAACUUUAACAACGAUUUUUUGCGAAAUAUAGUUUUCAGACUUGUGAGCAAAAUGCCUCGGAUGUUUGUUUUUUUGGGGUCAAAGUUUAUGAUGGACGUACAGAUAAAUAUGCUUUUAAGAUCAUCAGGAGUUACUGUAUAAAGAAUAUUAUAUUUAAUACAUUUGAUAUGAGAAAUAAUA